GGUGCCUUUGUAUUACCCCCAACCCCACCACUCGGCAACCCAUACGUGUUAAUGUAGUGUAUAUAUAAAGACACGUGUUCCAUGAAGCAGCCUUUUGUCCCAAUGUUCUAUUUAACACCUCAGUCCUCACUCUACAGAGAAAAUGUGGAGCCAGCUCUCGAAAAACAGACUGACUCAAAAAGGGGGAAAACUUCAAGAUUAUAAUAGGAAGAAUUUAGAUUACGGCCAAAUGGUGGACAAGAAUUCGCCGGAAUGGCUUCCUCCGGGCUUUGUCGAGAAGAUAAAACACAGCUUUGGAAGAAAAAUCAAGUAUUACUGCAACUCGGCAACAGGCACGAAGUAUUACUCCAAGAAGGAUGUCCUUCGUUGUGCUGAAAGGGAAAAUGUCUGCCAUGAUACACCACAAGCAACAAGUAUCGAAGACAAUAAGCUCUCUGAUGACAAAACUGGUUCUACUGAUGGUCCACAGAUUGAACCUAAAACAACCGAUUCUCCUGAAUGGUUACCCCAUGGGUGGAUAACGGAGGAAAGAACUCGAAAGAGUGGUUCGUUAAUGGGGAAGACUUACUUGGUAUAUACUGAGCCAUCAACAGGAAGGAAGUUCUAUACGAGGCCGACAGUGACUAGAUAUCUUGAAACUGUCAAUCACUCUGGAAACACAUCCAAACAAAUAAAAUCUUUAUCUCAAGUUGAUGAGACUCUAUCAGAGCAGCCUGAAACCAGUAGACGGCUUAUACUUGGUAAAGAAAGCUGUGAUAGAAACAGCUCAGCGACACCUGAGCCUGAGAGCUUAAACCAAGAUAACUUGGUGGAAAGGAAAGCUGACAUUGAGAAGACAUUUGAAGAUAUCGAUCCUGAAAUUCAAGUUAGAGAUGAUAAAAUAGCUGUUUCCUUUCUUGGGAGCGAUAGCCUGAAUGAGCAGAAGUUUCCUGGAUGUGCGACAGAAAAACAAAUUCCCGAAGCUCUGAUGGACUUGAGAAAGUCCAAUAAAAGAGGAACUACAAGUUUGCCUCGUCGUACUUCAAAAAGACUUGCGGGUUGUGAACCCGAGUCUCUGCCCUAUUUGGGUUUAAGCACACAAGCUCUUCAGGCUACUACUAAGAAGUCCGCACAUGAAAAUGCUGGAGCAAAUGAAUUUCCUUGGCACCCAGAAACUGAGCUGGCAGGAGAGGUAACAUAUAAUGCAUCUAUAGGCAAGGAACUUGUUCCGAAGAUUGACCCUUUGAACAAUGACGAAAAGCUGCUUGCACAGAACUUGGCUAUUCGAAACAUGCAAAAGAGUCGGGAGGCAAGUGCACGAAAAGUAGAUGGAGCAACUGAAUUUCCUCAGGAACCUGAUGCUGAACCAGCACAAGAGGUUGCGAAUCACCUCUCUACAGGCAAGGAACCAGUUCUAGAGAGCGAGCCUUCAAACACAGUUCAAAUAGAUCCAUCAGAGAUCCGGACUAUUCCGGCUGUGCAAACGAGUCGGGAAGCAACUUUGCAAAAAGUAGAGCAUAAUACAAAAUCACAAGAUUCACAAGUUGACUUUCCAUUUGGAGAUUUUUGGUUAGAUCCAUGCCUCGAAUUUGCAGUCAAGACUCUUACAGGGGCAAUACCAGUUGAGGAUGCUUUGGCAUUUCAGGGUUAUUCACCAGCAGUUGAUGCACCGAGCAAUUCCGAACCAUCUAAGCAACAUGUACCAGUCAAACAGUGUCCUGUAAAUCCACCAUUCCUGACCAUGGGAAAUACGAGCUUUCCUACUUCAGUGGCAUCAGUUGCCAACAACCUAGCAGAGACUCUGGGAACAAAGAACACAAGGCAGAAGUUUUAACUCUUAGAAAGUAAUUACAAACUCCUAAAGUUAUAAGAAUAGCUAAUUCGCUAAUAUGCACUGAACUAUGUAGUAUUUGGACACAAAGGUGUGCGCAUUUUGUGAAGGAAAAAUCUUGUGCACACACCCCAAACCGGAUCUCAUUUUGCACAAACACUUCACGAAUCCUGAAUGUCUUGAGAAAGUUUCUAGAAAAGCUCUGAGCAAGUUUGAAUGCUCUAUGAGAACCAGUUCUUUUGGGCAUUCCCUCAUGGUCAGACACCUAGGUAAUGUUGUGCCCCUACACGUUCCCUUAGUGGCCACACAUUUAGUAUGCA